ACUGUAUAUACGUAUUGGAAAUUGUUGUGUUGACAAAAAUUCAAAGUCUUUUUCGCAACUUGAUUUWUAUGCACAAACAAUUAGUGAAAGAAAACUGUAGCUUUGAAAAUGUCUUAUCGCCCACUCUUCAACAAAUUGAUGUCCAACGCCGUGCUGCGUCAGUUGGUAGUGCGACAGAGCCCGUUGGUAAUGCGCACGCAAUUGCAACACAGCCUCAAACCAAGAACCCCGCUGAAUAAACCAUCGAUGUUCAGUCCGACGAUCAUUAAGCGUUACUGGGAGUUAUCGCCACUUUUUAUCAUUGUUGGUGGAGCGGUUUUGGGCCUUUUUUAUGCAAUUGUGCGAAACGGUCUCUCACGUGACGACGUGCGCUUUUAUUCGAGUGGCAAAAUGAAUUGCGAAGACGUGGAAAAGUCCGGACCCAGAAAGUUUCUGGUAUUUAAUCAAAAAUACAAAGUACCUGAAGGUUUGAAGGAAGCACUUGCCGCCAUUGAGGAGCCCGCGGAAGAGGUGGCAAAGAAGUCAAAGUAAAAAUUGUCCACUUCGAAAAGAAGUGUGCUGGCUUAUAGUACAAUAUACUACAAUGAAUAAAAACUACUUAAUGUUAAGAAUUAGAAAGCGUUUACAGUUGCAAGCGAACUGCUUGAGUUACAGUUAAGAGUGCAGUGAAGAUAUAAUUUCGUUACUACGUAAAAAUUAUGUAUUAAUAUGUAAACAUUUAUUUUUUACUUGGAAAUGCAUACAAAGUGGAAGAGUAAAUAUGCAUUUUACUAUGCGACGUUGAGGAAAUGUGCAACCAACGGCAAAAGAACGCUAAUGAAAUUAUCCUAAUUUAGCAUUUGUUUCGUUUGAACGAGCUCUUAGUUAUAUUGUAAAAGUAUUAAGGGAAUUUAAGUUAAUAAGUUUAUAUUCUAUUUGUUAAGCAUACAUAUAUUGAUUUGUUUGUAGGUGUUCAAGUAUAUGUAUAUGUAUAUGCACUUAUGUA